UUUGUUUGUCAUACUGUGAAAAACUGUGUUUGUUGCAGAUAGUUUUUUCACAGAGCCAGACACAAAUGCGGGUUUUGUAACACGAAUCAGCCAGAAAGGCCUGGAUUUAUUGGCCGAUUAUCUUAAAGAACGAGUAACAUUUGGUCUCAUGUCAACAAAAGCAACUAUCUAUGAUUCGACAACAUUCAAAUCACGUUUAUUUCUUGUUCCUGGCCAGGGGAUCACUUGGAUGGCAAGCUUUUCCGAAUUUUUUUCUCGAUUUUUUACUUUUCUAGGUUCACAUUUGAAUUUAUCAAUUGGCACAUUUUUCAAAUUUUUCAGCCUGGAUGGUAAUUUUUCUGGAUCAGCCAUUCUUCAGAUUGAUAAGUAAGU